CCGUCUCUCCACAUCCUAUCAGUUACGUUUCUUUAACCGUCAACCUCUUGGCUUACCUUAAGGAAAAGAAAAAGUAUCAAAAAAAAAAUAAAAAAAAAAUAAAAAAAAAAAUAAAAAAAAGUAAAAAAAAAAUAAAUAAAAAACAGCGAGUGAGACAAGAUGAUCCUGCUGCCACUGACCUUGGUAUUGGUCCUCGCAGCGAUCUGCAACGCAGAACCAGCGAUUAACGAAGUUAGACCUCACAGUAACAGGCCAGGAAGAUUCUUAUCUCUUCCGAUUCCGCAAAAAUGUUCGAACCGACCCAAACAAUUCAAUUUCCGUGGUCACAACUACUUUUACAGCGGACACGUGCCCGCUCACGCUAACCAAAAAGUCGAUUGGCUUGAUGCUAGAAAUAUUUGCAGAGAAUAUUGUAUGGAUCUAGUAUCUAUGGAAACUCAAGAGGAGAACAAUAUGAUUUUCAGACUUAUACAACAGAACGAUGUCCCGUAUAUUUGGACAUCUGGUCGUCUUUGUGACUUCAAGGGUUGCGAAAAUCGACGUGAUUUGGAACCUAAAUCAUUGUACGGUUGGUUCUGGUCGGCAAAUCGUGAAAAAAUGUCACCAACUAAUCAGAUACCACCUGGCUGGGGCUUUAAUCCUUGGUCCCAAACUGGACACAAGAAAGUUAGGCAGCCUGAUAACGCGGAAUUCGAUAUAAAUGGUACCAACGAGUCCUGUUUGUCUGUACUUAACAACGUUUACAACGAUGGCAUCGCUUGGCAUGAUGUUGCUUGCUACCACGAGAAACCUUUCGUUUGCGAAGAUUCCGAGGAGCUCCUCAAUUAUGUCGCAAAUACCAACCGUGGUAUCCGUCUGUAAGAGGUCUACGCCUCCACAGGCCAACGUGAUAUCACGACGGUCCUUCUCAUCAGAGUCAUCAACACCCACCCUUUUUUCCUUCUCUCCGCUUUUACAUUGCAAACGAGAAACGUAAACAUAAUAAAAUUUUCAAUGAAACAGGUGUACAGAUGAUGAAAUACGAUUUUAAUAAUGCUAAUAUUUUUCUUCAUGAAGAAACUCGUUCUCACUUAAUUAUUCUUAAUUGGUCUUUUCUCUUCUAUAAAGAAAUUUUUCUCUCCUAGAAAUAUGGGAAUUAUUCGUAACGCUGUUAGUAAUUAUGUGCUCUAAUUAUUUUUGAUUGCCUGUUAUAACAAAACGAAUAUUAAUUUUUAACAUGAUCAGAUGAAACUGUGAUCUUUUAAUACAAAAUUGUAUCUGUUAACAUAACUUAUAACGUGUCUCGUUGUUGCAACUUUUUCCUUCCUUCUUCAUUAUCCGAUGAAGUUCAGCUAUAACUCUUGCACUUCGUCCAAUGUGUAAUUACGAUAUUUCCGAUAAAGAGUAAUUCAUUAUGUACACGUAUUUAUUGAUAGAUAUCUGGCUGACAGUUUCUGUACAUUUAUGAAUAAAUCGUAAACGUAGGUCUAGUAA